AUGACUUCACAGCGAUGGACACCAGCUGUCUGCUUCUUACUGGCCUCAGACACUUGCAGGACAUUCGGCAGUGGUGUUCUCGAGCCUUUCAGUGGGUUAGGUUUCUAUGUGCUGUCCAAUUGCCCAUUCACCUUCAUCCGCUUCACCCACAACCGGGUCGAAUGUGACAUCACCAUACGACGAGGGAACAACGGUCUGCUGGUCCAAGUCGAGAUCAUCAUUAACAAAGUCAGCACUGUUCUUCAGAAUGGAAGCAUCCAGGUGGAGGAGAAAAGUGUUUCACUACCGUAUGAUCACACCUAUCAGCAUAUUUUUCAGUACGGCAUCUACACUAGACUGCGGAGCUCGUUGCUCCCACUGUCUAUAACCUGGCACAGCGUACCUGGAGGAAUAGACUCUCUUUGGGUGGAGCUGGAGGAGGAGCUGAGCCCUGACAUGACUGGACUGUGUGGAAAACACAAUGUAACAAACAACGAGCAGCAGUUGAUUAGAGAGAGUGUGAUAACUGACGACACAUGUCAAACUCGAGAUCCCGCCUCUGUCACUAAUCCAGUAUGCGAGCUAUUCUUUUCAUACACUUUGGAUUGUCUGCACACAAGCUGGCUUCAUUAUCUCCAGCUCUGCCACAGGAACAUUUACAGCUAUGAAAAAAGUGAAUACAUCGGCUGUGCUUUCUACAAAGAGAUCGCUCUGCACUGUGGAAAAAGCAGUUAUAUCUGGGACAGUUGGAGAUCUGUAACCCAAUGUGCUUAUCCAACUUGUCCUGGAGACCUGAUGUAUGAGGAAGAGGGUGCUGCCUUUGUUCCUAGCUGCUCCAACCCUCACCCCCAAUUUUCUAGCCUGGAUAUAACCAGCUCCUGUAUCUGCCCACAGGGGGAGGUGCUUAAUGAUCAAUCAGAUGGAUUCCGCUGCAUGAAUCUGUCCAGCUGCCCCUGCGUGUUUGCCGGGAGGACCUAUUUAACUGGAGAUAUACGUAACACCAAGUGUCAGUCAUGUUUAUGUGAAGGUGGGAAGUGGCAUUGCUCUGAAAACUUCUGCCCAACAAAAUGUCAAAUUGAGGGACAGUUUGUGACAACAUUUGAUGGCAAACAAUACAUCGUCCCUGGUAAAUGUACAUACUUAGCAUUUCAGGGUCUUAACUGGACGGUGAUUAUUCAGUUUUCUGAAAGCAAUGCAUCACUGAAAAAAGUUGUUCUCCAGCACUUCCGGGGAAUUUAUACAUUCACAAACAACACGGUUACCUUUGGAGACCAAGAGAUCACUGACCUUCAUCAGUCUGAUCACGCUCAAGUUUUCUGGCAGUCCUCCAUGUACGUUCAUGUCGAGACGUCCUCUGAUAUUAUGAUCCAAAUUCAGAUGUCUCCUGAAAUCCAGCUUUACAUGUCUGUCCUUACAAAACAUGAGAGCGUGAUUACAGGUCUUUGUGGCAACAGCAACAGUGACAGCACAGAUGACUUCACCAGCAGCAGCGGGAUCGUCGAGAACUCGGCUCAGCCUUUCGCUCUGUCCUGGAGUGUGGGCGCUUGUGCAGUGAACAUACCCACCACCUGCAUCAACACUCACAAUGAAAUAUUUGCUGAUGAAAGGUGCUCCGUGUUGAACAACCCGACUGGGAUAUUUUCCGAGUGCCACAAACAUUUGCCACCUGAUCAAUAUCAUGCGGCUUGUAUCCAAAGAACCUGUAACUGUGGCAGCAGUGUGGAGAGGUGCCUGUGUGUUGCUUUAGGCAGCUACGCCAAAGCUUGUGCCAGUCUGGGGGGUUUUGUUGGUGACUGGAGGAAAGCUACCAACUGUACUCUCAGUUGUCCAAAGAACCAAGAGUUCUUCUACAACAUCCGAGCUUGCAACCGUACAUGCAGCUCCCUCUCUGGAACUGAUCCUUUCUGCAGCUUGAACGAUGCUCCUGUGGAGGGCUGUGGCUGUCCAGAAGGAACAUACCUGAACCAAGAAAGCACCUGCACUCAAAAGGCAGACUGUGUAUGCCAUCAUCACGGUGGCAUAACACUACCAGGUCCUGCUGUUAUUGAAGGACGACAAUGCCUCUGUGAGAAUGGCAAACUGACCUGUUCAAAGGAUUGCAGCUGCAACAAUGUUAAGGUUUGUGUGCAGUGCUCAGAGAAUGCGAUUAAGACGGCUCAGAAAACCUGCGAGAGUCUCAGCAAACCGCUGGAUUCCAACAUGACCUGUAAGAGUGGCUGCUACUGCCCAAAUGAUCAAUAUGAAGAUCACUAUGGAAACUGUGUUUCUAGAGACAAUUGCACCUGUGUGUACAGUGGUGAAGUCUUCAGUGCAGGACAGCAUGUCAGAACCAACUGUAAAAAAUGCAUCUGUGGUCAGGGCCAGUGGGACUGCAGAGAUGAGCCAUGCCAGGGGAUGUGUCAGGUUUAUGGAAAUGGGCAUUAUGAGACCUUUGACUCUAAAUGGUAUCGAUUUAGUGGACACUGCCAGUACACUCUUGUAGAGGAUUAUUGUGGAGGUACAAAUGGCACAUUUUCUGUCAGAGUGGAGAGUGUACCCUGCUGCGAUGAGGCGCUCACCUGCUCUCGAUCCAUUCUCUUGGACCUGAAGGGCAAAGUCACCCUGAUACUAAGUGACAUGAAGGUCGCCAAACGUCUGCAACAAGACCUGACUCUGCAGGAAAAUUCACUUUACAGUGUUGACAGUGUGGGACUCUAUAUCAUCGUGUCAGUGCCGAGCAGCGGGAUAACUCUCAUUUGGGACAAACACACACGGCUCAUCAUAAAAUUACAUGAAAACUGGAGGAACAAAGUUUGUGGCCUGUGUGGGAAUUUUGAUUCUAAUGAAAUGAAUGACCUGCAGAUAAGUGGCUCAGCAGUGAUGUCUGGUCCGAUGGUCUUUGGCAACAGCUGGAAGGCAGCCGCUCCUCCCUGUUCUGAUGUGACCUCUGAUAUAUUUCCAUGUGGCCACAACUCCUACUGCUCAGCCUGGGCCCAGCGGCGCUGCAUGAUUAUUAAAGGAGACGCUUUCAGAGACUGUCACUUGAAAGUGGACCCAGAUCCCUACUACCAGGCCUGUUUGCUGGAGUCCUGCUCCUGUGAGUUUGAAGGGAAGUUCCUGGGCUUCUGCACCGCUGUGGCAGCUUAUGCAGAGGCCUGCAGCGACCAGGAUGUCUGCAUUAAUUGGAGGACGCCUGAUCUGUGUCCAAUUUACUGCGACUACUACAACAAGCCUGACCAAAGUAUUUGGCACUAUGAAGCCUGUGGUAAGAUGCAAAUCUGUGGCAAAGAGCACCACUUCACUGAAAAGCUUGAAGGUUGUUACCCCAGAUGUCCCAUGGAGACACCAUACUAUGAUGUGAAUGCAGAAGAAUGCACAACAUUGAGGAAAUGCUCUUGUUAUUUCAAUGACACUAUUGUUCAACCUGGGGAAGUGGUCGUGAUCAAGUCUUUUGAGUGCCCCUGUGAAAAUGGAACAAUUACUUGUCGGUAUCCAACACCUGAAGCUAGAUCUAUGACUGAAAUAUGGACAAUGAUACCAACCACGAACACCUCUUCACUAACCAGUGCAAAUACUUCAGCUACAACUGAAACAAGAUUAACAGUGUCCACAGCCUUCUCUAUGCCAGCUACAGCUAUUUUAACUACUACUGAAAAAUGCCACUUCAAGUACUUCAACUACCAUCUUUACACCAACAACUCCAACUCAAACAUGGUCAACAAUGUCCACUGCCAUCCCCACAUCAAACACUACAGCUACCUCAGCUUCUGCUGGAACACCGUUAACAACAGUGUCUACCACCUCUACACUAUCAACUUUGUUUCUACCCCACUACCACCAUGUGAGUGUAAAGAUCUGAACAAGAACAAAAAUUGGGCUUGUGGUGAGACGUGGACUGACGAUUGCUUCCAGAAGUACUGCGUGAAUGGGAAGAUUAUAUUGACACCUCUGGAAUGUCCAGAGCCCGAAAUUCCCGACUGUCCCAGAGGUCGUGUCACAAAUGUCUCAGAUGGAUGCUGUGAAACAUGGAAGUGUGACUGUCACUGCAACUUGUAUGGAGAGACCCACUACAUUUCUUUCCAAGGAGUAACCUUUGAUUUCCUGGAUCAAUGCACCUACAUCUUGGUGGAGGAACGCUCACCACAUCAUAAUCUGACCAUUGGGGUGGACAGCUCCAGUUGUGUACCAGGCUUCCAAGGGUCUUGCUCUCAAGAAAUCAUCCUGAGAUAUCAGAACAAUGUAGCUACACUCAGUAUUGUCCCACAGUUGUUUAAAGUACAGGCCACUCUGAACAAUGUGAUCAUACAGCCACCAUAUGAAGCACACGGGUUGAAGUUUGAGACUGUCGAACACAAAGUUAUUAUCCAGCUCCCGGAUAUCCGCUCUUUUGUAUCCCUCACUCCGUAUUACACCCUGCUGGUCAGUCUGGCCAUGGAAAAUUUCUACAACAACACCCAGGGACAAUGUGGUGUGUGUGGUGGUGCAUCGUGUAUCCGCAAAGGAGGGCAGAUUGAGGACAAAAGUUGCUGUGAUAAGACAGCUUAUGACUGGAUAGUCUUUGAAAAUUGCAGCAACUAUGUGAAUCUAAACUUUCAAAAGAAGAAUUGUAAGUUUGAUUCGUGCUAUAAUCCAAGUGCUUCCUGCUCUGCUCUGGAGCAAGCUGCUGAGGAGUGUAAAAAUGCUGGUUUCUGUGUUGACUGGAGAAGAUUGACCAAUGGAACCUGUGAUGUGGCAUGUCCAGAUGGACUGGUUUAUAGAGAAUGUUAUGACAAGCAGGAUGACUUCUGCUAUGCGGGACUGCGUUCUUCAGGAGCCUCCCUUAAAAAGAGCACAGGAGGUUGUUUCUGUCCCAGCACCUUGCUCAGAGCAGGAAAACACUCAAACAUCUGUGUGGUUGACUGCUCCUUUUGCAAAGGGCCAAUUGGAGAGCCUAAACUACCUGGCGAGGUGUGGCAGUCCAGUUGUUACGUGUGUACAUGUAACAACCAGACUUAUACUGAGGAGUGUUUUCCUAAACCUCCUGAACCAGCUCCUGUCUGUGGCCCCACCGCCGUUUUGGUAAACAGCAGUUGCUGUGGUGAUCAGAUUUGUGUUGAGAAGACAUGCCGCUAUAACCAGCAGAUAUACAAGGCAGGGGACAAAUGGAUGGAUCCUGCCCAUCCCUGUGUGUCAUUUAGCUGCAGCAAAGAGGGCAUUCAGACUGAGACUAAAGUCUGUCCUGAAGAAAACUGCCCCGAGGAGGACAGAAUUUGGGAUGACCAACACUGCUGCUAUACAUGUAAAAAGGGCUGUGCUCCUAUGGUGUCUAGUAUCAACAUCACCAUAGAAAACUGCUCCACUAUCAUACAGAUGCCUGUGUGCCACGGACAAUGUGCGCCCCAGCAGAGGGUGGUGUUAAAGGUUGACUUGGUGCUGGAGCAGGAGAACAAAUGCUGCACGGAGCAGAGCUCAGAGAGGAGAUCAGUGACCCUUCACUGCUCUGACCUGACUACCAGAGAAUACACUUACAAGCACAUCACCAGCUGUGUGUGCAAACCUUGCAGCACCAUCUGAAAUGUAGAGAGAGCACAACCAAGGUCACCGUCAUGUGGCUCUGACUCCUGUUUCUAUGGAAGGUUUCCUCAGCAGUGCCAUGCAGGUCAUUUUCAUUGAUUUGCUCAUUCCUGAGAUGUUGUGCCUGUCUGAGAAUUUGGAAACAUUCUUGUUUUGCUUAUGUUUUUAAAAUGAAAAAAAAAAAAAAAGUCUGGUAACACUUUAUAAUAACUACAGUAGCAUGUCUUUUAGUCUUGCUUAAAAAAACUCAUAAAUAGCAUGUUUAAUGACAGCA